AUGCCUCCCCCUAUCCCGCCGCGCGCCCAUCGUGUUCACCCCUCGCAGCGCAAUCGCAUCUCGACCACGCCGACCGCCGCCGACCGCAAGCGAUACGCCAUCCAGCCUGGCAGCCCCGAGAUCAUCUCCAGCCUCAUCACCAGCCUUAGCGCCAUUGCCGAGCCUGCCAACCACCACUUCGACUCCGGCCUGGCCACCAGUCUCUCCCUACCGACGAGCCCCGAUCUAGGCCGCAGCUCCAGGAGCGGCUCUGGCAGCUUCGGCGUCGACUACGGAGCCUACAAGCAGCCUUCGCUUCACGACGACUACAGCGGACUCUCCCUCGACGACCUUGCUGCGAGCCCACCUGUGAUUCGCACCUCGAAGCCUCCGAGCGGUUUCUCACCGCUAACCGCGCCGCAAAGCCCUCGCAGCCACCGCAGCACCAGUCGCGAGAGCGGCUUCAGAUCUUUCAUACGAAGUGCCGCAAGCUCUCGCCCGUCGUCAACGGGCUCCUUUGCCUCCAAAAAUGAUGAUGCGCGCAGCAUCGGAAACCUGUCUGUAGAGCGUGGUUCUGCGCCGCAUCCGGAGCUUAGGCCACGCCGCUCGCUCGACAGCUGGGGGAAAAAGUCGAAUCGGGCCAGCAAGGUGCUCAGUUACAUGGGCUCUAAAGAGCACCUUCGCGAGCCGCAGCUUGACAGGAAACGUGCUUCUUCUACCCCUGUCGCAACAACACCAGCGAGCAGCGGAAGCAAGACGGACAACUUCUUCGUGGGAGGCGCCAUUACCGAAGAGCCAUCGACGGUCACCGCGUAUGAUUCACUGCUGGGAGACGGCCUGCAUCACAUUCCGGUUCGCGAUUCCAGUCUACGCAACUCGAGCUCCAGCAGAAAGCGAUCCAGCGUUCGACGAUCAGCUAAGGACGGCGACCUAUCCGUGAGCGAGAAAAUGCUUGAAACUGCCGAUUUCAGCCACCGCGACUCGGUGAAAAUGAAGCAUCGUCGCUCAGGCUCAGACACGGGCAAGACAUAUUCACACGAGGAGGACAAGCCUCACCAUAAGCCACGGCGGAUAGCGUCUAGCACCUACCUGAGCGUGGAUUACAUCGCGGAAGAGAAAGAAGAGCUCGAGGACGAUGGAGCCCCCUUCCCCUCAGUCUCACAAGGGCGUCGGCGGGAUGAGUUUGACCGCAAAGACCACCGGCUCUCUACCCGUACACUCCCCAGCCCCAAUGAAGCGCUCAAACUGAAGCGCAGCAGCUCCAGGCUGAAGCGCCUCUCUGCGCCUCUCAGUCCGAGUCCGCACGAGACCAAGCGAACCAGUGAGGAGCCCAUUCAGUCCACCAAGCCCACGGGCUACGAGCGACCCCAGUCGGCCGAUUCCAUCGAUGACGCGGUUGAAUCUUACCUUUGCUCUCCGCGGUUGUCUCAGAAGAUUCGGCAUCCUCAAACUGGUCGCAUCAUUUCAUUUUCAGAAGUCGGAGACCCCGAGGGCUCCGCCGUUUUCUGCUGUGUGGGAAUGGGCUUGACGAGAUACAUCACUGCGUUUUACGACGAGCUGGCGCUGACGCUCAGGCUUCGCCUCAUUACGCCUGACCGACCUGGAGUGGGAGACAGCGAGCCUUAUACUGACGGGACAAGCACUCCCCUCAGUUGGCCCGAUGAUGUGUAUGCCAUUUGCCAGACGCUCAAAAUCACAAAGUUCUCCCUCAUGGCUCACUCGGCUGGCGCCAUCUACGCCCUAGCCACAGCUCUCCGCAUGCCCCAGCACAUUCGAGGCAAGAUUCACCUCCUUGCGCCAUGGAUUCCGCCCUCCCAGAUGAAUGUCUUUGGGUCAUCUCAGGUCAUGCCGCCAUCGCACACGCUUCCAACGGCUCAGAGAAUUCUACGGGUCCUGCCUACUUCGUUCCUCAAGGCGGCUAAUAGCAGCUUCAUGUCGGCGACCAGCUCGUCGAUCACAAGCUCCCUUCCAAAGAAUACCAAGCGGACAAAGCGGAAAACGGGGCAGAAAGACAGCCACAGCAACAGAAAUGCCACGCCAUCUGCAGAUAAGGAGAACAUCAAUCAUGCCGCAGAUGGCAAAGACUCAUAUGGCACGCUUGCCACCGAAGAUUCAGCAGUCUCCGGUGCCACGGAUGGCACAGAUAAGGCGCUGCCCCAACUUCCCCCGGACGGCCAAUCGUCAAGCUUCUCUCCUGAAGUAGAUCCUCUAGCCGAAAAGGAGCGACAACAGACGUACGAUAUCCGACUAACACACGCCAUCUGGGAUCUUGCCACGACGAACGCGAACCCAGCAGUGGACUUGCUCGUCUGCCUGGAAAGACGGCAUACCAUCGGCUUCCGCUACGUCGACAUUACGCGCCCCGUGAUAAUUCGCCACGGCAGCAGGGACACCAGAGUACCUGUCGAGAAUGUCAAGUGGCUGGGCAAGACGAUGCGUCGGUGCGAAGUCCGCGUGCUCGAGGGAGAGGGCCACGGACUGAUGGCCAGCGCCACGGUAAUGGGCUCCGUGCUGAUGGAGAUUAGCAGGGAGUGGGAAGACUAUCAAGCGGAGGCAUCGAAAGAGCGCGAGAGGGGACGAAAAGGAGCUCCAGCGAGGUGA